CAAAAACGCAACUGUGAGGGGGGAGGCCCCAAAAUGCCUCUUUUGCUCCCCAAAAAUCCAUUUUUUUUCCCCUCCAAAUCCACGUUAGGACCCCAAAAUCCACCUUUAACCCCCAAAAUCCCUGUUUUGAUCCCCAAAUCCCCUCAGAAUUCCUGGUUUUGCAGCUCACCGGAGCAGGAGUCGGACGAGCGCAAAUGCAACUACGAGCGGUACCGGGGCCUGGUGCAGAACGACUUUGCUGGCAUCUCGGAGGAGCAGUGCCUGUACCAGAUCUACAUCGACGAGCUCUACGGGGGCCUCCAGAAACCCAACGAGGAUGAGAAGAAAAAGUGAGGGAAAAAAGUCGGAAUUCCUGGGAAUUCUGGCUGGGAAUUCACGCCCACACCCUUGGGAAUUAUCUUAAUUCUGGGAUAACGCCCCAAUCCAAGUUUUCCCCUCACUCCUUUGCUGGAAUCUCCCCAAAAUCAUCCUGGGAAGGGCUCCUGGUUUUGCCUGGGGGGUUCUGGCUUGGGAUUCCCGUUUUCCCUCACAAUUCCAC